UCCAACCCACACGUUACUUCGCCUAAACAUCCAGAAACAUAAUGGCUAUCAAAGGCUCUGACGUUCUUCUCAUUCUUGUCGCUAUUAUCUUCCCUCCAGCUACCGCUGCGUUCCUCACUGGAUGCAGUUGUGACCUGCUCAUCAACAUUUGUUUGACUCUUCUCGGAUACAUCCCCGGUCACUUGCACGCUUUCUGGCUCAUUUACAAGAACAUGAAGGCCGAGGACUCAUACGGCCGUGGACAAUACACCUACGUCGGCAAUGGCCAGUACGAACCCAUCUACAACACCCAGGGCCCUGUCCCAGUCCAGGGUGGCCCUGUUCAAGCGCCAGUCCAGAACUACGGUGCCACUGGUCACUAAUCUCAAUCCCAAUUCUCCCGUAGUGGGAAAUCACUAAGAGCUCGUACACCUCUUUCGGACGUCUCAAUCGGAACAGUUUCAUACCCUUUGUCUAUAUCUUUUUUUCUUUCCUCUGCGCUUUAUACGUCCCUCGCUCUUCUUCCUGGAGACCAAAUCUACCGGGUGUCUCACUGCUGUUGCCGACUGGUUGUCACAUACAUGGGCGUACCUGUGUUGUAAUUUACUCUUGUCGGACGUAUGAUCUAUUUGAAACG